AUUCAAGAUAUCGACGGUUAUAAAAUCGCUUCGAAAAGUGAGUCUUGUAUUCAUUUUAGUUUCAGUUCCUAAAGUGAAUAGUCCGAAAAUGUCUCUGAAGUUCUUGUUGCUUGCGCUAUGUCUGGUGGCUCUCACUACUGGUGAACUUCUCCGCUACAAACUGAAGAAGCAAAAGGUACCUAGGCGCCGCUUAGUGCAAACGGACUUGGAUUACGAGUCUUCUGCCGGAGUCGAACCUCUAUCAAACACUUAUGAUAACCAAUAUUAUGGAGAAAUAACAAUUGGAACGCCAGCUCAACAAUUUUUGGUACUUUUCGACACUGGAUCAUCGAACCUUUGGGUCCCAUCGAGUUCCUGCAUGUCAACGGCAUGCCAAAACCAUGACACAUACGACUCCAGCCAAUCAUCCACAUAUGUCGCCAAUGGUGAACCCUUCCAAAUUCAGUAUGGGACAGGAAGUUUGACUGGAUAUCUUUCUCAGGAUUCAGUUACUGUCGCUGGUAUGACAGUCAACAAUCAAGUCUUCGCGGAAGCAACCAGCCUUGCUUCGUUCUUCAAAAACACGCAGUUCGAUGGUGUCCUAGGUCUUGGAUACAAUAGCAUUUCCCAAGAUAAUGUGACACCUGUUUUCUACAACAUGUACAUGCAAGGACUCAUCACAAGCCCUGUUUUCUCUGUUUAUUUGAAUCGUGAUGCCAGUGAUCCGGACGGAGGAGAAAUCAUUUUCGGUGGAACCGAUCCAAACUAUUACAGCGGAACAUUCACCUAUAUCCCAGUUGACUUGGAAGGAUAUUGGCAAUUCCAAAUGUCGUCCGGAUCAAUUUCUAGUCUGGAAUUCUGCUCCAACGGAUGCCAGGCAAUCGCUGACACUGGAACCAGCCAAAUUACAGGACCAGCAAAUGUUAUCUCUCAAAUUCACCAACUGAUUGGAGCUGAACAAGAUCCUGAAACUGGAGAUUAUUUCGUUCAAUGCAGUUCCGUUGCGAACCUCCCUCCAAUUACCUUUAACAUUGGCGGUACAGCCUUUCAGCUAGCUGGAUCGGAUUACAUUUUGCAGCUUUCCAUUGAGGGUGAGACCGUUUGUCUAUCAGGAUUUGGACCGAAUCCUUCGAUUACCGGAGAUAGUGAGAGUAAUGAAAGUUCAAGCUAUGAACAGAAUACAUCUCCACAAUGGAUUUUGGGUGAUGUGUUCCUUGGUAAAUAUUAUACAGAAUUCGAUAUGGGAAAUAAUCGGUUGGGGUUUGCUGUGGCAGUGUAAGGAUUUUUCUUAAGCCGCAAGUUAUUUGCUUUGUAGUUUUGGUUCAAAAUGUAAUAAAAAUGUGGUAUCGUUAGUUUAUAAAUGAGA